UUUGUGUCCCGGAGCAACUAUAGCGGGCGGAGUUCUCUCUUCCGACCAAAGUGUGAAGCUGAAGCAGGAAAAGCGCACACAACAGCCUACCCUGGAUUUCAGAACGAGAGUCGGGUCAGAAACGUCAACAAUAAUGAACACAUUCGGUUAGUUCGGUUGACUCUGAAUACACGUUUUUCGGGGCUAAUUUGACAAUAAUACGUAAGUUUAUACGAUUACACGAAUGAAAGGUAAAGUGCACGUAUGCACUGUAGACUUGCCGGGACAAGACCGUUAUUUUAUACAAGUAUGAGCAGCUAUUCUUAAUCUUAGGAGGAAUAUCAUAAGAGUACAGCCAGCCUAGCUAGCUAGCUAGCUACUACAGGGCUAGUAGUAAACUAUCUAGCAGGGCGACAAUGGAUGCACUGGAAGUUCUCCUGGAUGAGGUGGCUUUGGAGGGGCUGGACGGUAUAACCCUCCCGUCUCUCUGGAUUCGUCUGGAGUCGAGGAAGCCGCCGUUUGGCCUCAGUCUGGACACUCGCACCAAAGAUUUCCUGUGGAAGUCUCUAGCUAGAAACUCCGACGUCAACUUCUACCAGAUGCCGAAGGAGAGAGCAGAUUUCGUCCUGUUAGACAGGUUCGCUGACAUCGACCCGAACACCGGAAUUCAGGUGGCGCAGCAGUUCGACGGGAUAUCGGACGUGUACCCUGUGCACGUGCUUGUGGACGACCCUUCCGGGGUCCAGGGGUCCUGUUUAUACUACCAGGAGAGAAAAGACGUUACUGGAGAUGUUAGGACGGCAGACCUCACUCCUAGAAUCACCCUGGAGGAGGCGUUUGAGCGGUGGGCCAGGCGGCUGGUGGUGACGGCGGUUCAGCAGGUUAGGUUCAGGACUCUGAUUGGUCCCCAGGGCGACCCGGAGCUGCAGCUCUCGGACCACUCCUACUGCAUCCUGGAGAGGGUGGGGCGAGGGCGCUGGCAGGGGGAACUGCAGAGAGACCUGCACACCUGCUCCUUCAAGACGGAUGCAGGGAAGAUGCACUACAUGAGGAAGUCUCUGGUCCAGCACGGCCUGAUCACCAUGGAGACACAUGUGACCCGCACCCCCAGCGGACAACAGCAGCAGUCCAUCCUGCUGGGGCUCCCUCGCUUCCACGUGGACCGGAGGAGUAAGUAUGACAUCCUGAUGGAGGCCACCUCCAACGCUCUGCUGGACUCCCACGACCACACCUCCUCCCUCAUCUCCCUCCGAGACCAGCUGCGUGUGAAUGACAGGACCUUCAAGCGUGUGUCCCAGUAUAUGAUGGCCUCCAAGCUGGUGCAGCUGGUGAAAGUUCCCCUGCAGGAGACUGACCCCUCUGCUGGGCCCUGUCUCACCACCAGAGGCUCCCGGUCGAUGGUGCGAGGUCUGAAGCUGUUGAAACCCUACGUGAGGAAGGAGGUCCUCGUUGAGGAGGAUGAUGAUGACGAUGAUGAAGAUGGAACAGGAAACAGGAAGAGCCUCCCCUCCAAGGGGCGGGUCAUGGAGUCUGACCUCAUCUCCCAGGCCUAUGGGAUUGUGCUGUCCAGCGGAACCAAAGGGCUUUCCCAGAGUGCCUUGCGUUCCAGGAUGGGGGUGGGUCAGCUGGAGUCUCGCAUGAUCUGCCGUCUGCUGCAGAGAAACAACGUCAUCCAGGGCUUCAUGGAAGAUGAGGGUCGUCAACGCACCACCAAGUACAUCAGCCACCGCUACGUCAGCCAAUCCCACCUCCUGCAGCAGUUCACCCAGGAGGAGGAGCGGAACGAGAAGCUGCUCUCCUCUGGGGCCCCUAAACCUGCCUCUUGGAAGAAAGGGGCCCCCAAACCUGCCUCUGGGAAGAGAGCAGCCCCCAAACCUGCCUCUGGGAGGAAAGGGGCCCCCAAACCUGCCUCUGGAAAGAGAGGGGCCCCAAAAACUGUCUCUGAACUGCAAGAGCCCCCCAAAAGUCCCUCUUUGGAGGGUGUGGCCCCUAAACCUGCUUCUGCGGAGGGCAGGGCCCUUAAACCUGCUUCUGGGGAGGGCAUGGCCACACGACCCCGGACCAUGGGGACCAGGGGAACAUCCAAAACAGCGCCCUCAAGAGAGGCCUCACCCACAACCCCCCCGGCUGCAGAUACACCAAUCAGCUGCGAGGACGAGGGGCGAGAUGGAGAGGCUGGUGGGAAGGAGGGAGCAGGAGAGAAGAAGAAGAGGGGGAUGUGGAGAGAAGGGCUUCCUUCUCUCCUGAAGCAAACGACCCUGAGCUUCCCAGUCUCUCAGUCCUCUCCUGCUAAGAGUAAUGCCCCACCCCCCUCCACAGCCUCAGCCAGUAAGGUUCCAGAGGCGGAGUCUCUGCCCAGUGCUGGAGAGGAGGGGGAGGGGCCUGCACCUCCCAGUCUGUCAUUGGACGAGAUGUUGGGUGGCACCAUGGAAACCGACCAACCACAACACAGCAUCACUUUCAUGGAGGACGACCCCAGCCUGAAGGUGUCUGAAGGUCCCCCCACUGCUGGUCUGUGGGGGCGGGUGGGCAGGCGCAUGCAGCGCCACCACCAGACCUACCGCCUCCUGAGGAGGAAGAACAUGAUCAUCGAGUGCGUCCGCAGCCUGCGCGUGGUCGAGGGGCUCUUCACGCUGCAGAGGAUGAUCCGGGAGGCGGAGGUGCUGGAGGGGGUCAAGACCAGGUGCUGUAAGAAGACCAUCGCCCGUCUGAUCCACAAUCUGAGCAGGGAGGGCAUGCUGAAGAUGUUCACUACCACCAUCAUCCAGGAUGGCCUCAGCAAGAAGGUGGACUUGAUAGUCCAUCCCUCCAUCUGUCAGACUGACCCCAUAGUGAAGAGUGCCAUAGAGCAGGUCCGCUUCCGCCUGUCCAGCUCCUACACAGCUGCUCGGGCUCAGGCAGAGGAGGGAGGGAAGGAGGGGGGGAGGGGGAAGGAGCGAGGGAGCGAGGAGGAGGGGGGGAGAGAGGAGAAGGUGAACAAAGGAAAGAGAACAAAGAAGUUUCAGAAGAGUAGGGAGGAGAUGGACAAGUACAAACCCACUACCGUUAAGGGGCUCAGCAGGUGUCUGGGGUACCAGCCGAAAAUGCAUCGUCUGCGUCUGGUCCACACCUUCCUGUGGUAUGUCAUUUACGGACACCCCCUCCGCCAGGCACCAGCCAAUCCCCUCCCUGGCCCCGCCCACACACCAGCCAGUCCCCUCGCUGGCCCCGCCCACGCGCCAGACAGUCCCCUCGCUGGCCCCGCCCAUGAGCCAGACAGUCCCCUCGCUGGCCCCGCCCAUGAGCCAGACAGUCCCCUCGCUGGCCCCGCCCACGCGCCAGCCAAUCCCCUCACUGGUCCCGCCCACUUGCCAGACAGUCCCCUUGCUAGUCCUCUCGCUGGUCCCGCCCACGCCCAGCCGGUCACAGAGCCCGCCCCCACCUGCCAGCAGGAAGUGAGGUUGCCUGUGGAGAAGGAAGGGGCAGAGUUUCUGGACUCGUCGGAGCUCGGACACUUUGACGCCCAUGUGAAAGUGUAUAGUGAGGAGAUGACCUGGAGGAGGUUCGUCCCUCCCUCUCCGCUCCAUCAGGAGUUUGGUCCAGGCUGGGCCCUGUCCUCCGACACCCUGCUCUGCCUGCCUCUCUCCAUCUUCACCCAGAUCAUCCAGAUCAACUUCACGAUAGAAGGCUUGGACGCCUAUUUGAGCGACCCAGAGAAGCAGCACUAUCUCAUCAGGUUCCUGCCCUCCAGGAUUCAGAGACAGCUGCUGUUCAAGCGGAAGUACAUCUUCAGCUUCCAUGAGAGUAUGCAGAGGUUGGUCUACAUGGGCUUGCUUCAGUUCAGCCCCACAGAGAAGUUCCAGGACAAGGACCAGGUGUUUCUGUAUCUGAAGCGUAAUGCUGUCAUCGUUGACACCAGCUCCUGCGAGCCUCACUAUUCGCUGGCCAGCCCGGUGCCAGGGCGACCGUUUGAGAGGCGGAACUACUGCUUCCUCACGGCCGACGAUGUUGACAACUACUGGUUUGACCUGCUGUGUGUCUGCCUCAACACUCCGCUAGGUGUCAUCCGACCAAAACGUGUAUCCGAGAAAUCCAUGAGCUGUCAGGAGGAGGAGCCAGCAGUUACCACGGAUACCACAGAACCCUCUGAGGUUCCAUGGACACCAAAACGCAACGAGUACCAGAGACUGUUAUACACACUCAGGGGCAGCAGGGAGGUGUGUGAUGAGGCCCUGGUCCCAGGGGACGGCCGGGGGGCUGGGGGGCUGGACUCUGACUUCUACAGCCACCUGAAACGCAACUGGAUCUGGACCAACCAGCUGCUGGACAGGAAGAGGAACAAUGCCUGUGAGGUCAGCAGCACCAUCAGAUUGAAGAGUCUCCUCAACAAACAGUCUUUCAGCUGGGCUGCCAGGGCGGGUUCGACCUUCCCAGGCUCUCUGACCAAUAAGCAGAGCUUGAUAUCCCUAUUGGAGGAGAAGGUGACAGUUGCCAUGGAGCCAGCCAGUAGGAACCAGCAGGUGAGAGGCGGAAAGAAGAGGGAGCGGAAACGACCAAUCCGGAAGCAGGUCGCCAAGGUCCCGGCCAAGAUUAAGAAAGUGGUGGUGCGCAGGCCGGCCCAUGACGAGGCAGACCGCAGGGCUCUGAAGAGGAUGACACGGCGCAGGGUGGUGUGGACGCUCAGAGAGGACUCCUUCCUCAUGCUGUGUAGCGUGGCCUCUCGCCUGCUCAACAGACAGCUGCGGCGGCCCUUUGUGCCGUACUGUGAGGUGAGGGACCUGCUGCAUGCUGACCUGUCUGAGGCUCUGGAUAAGACCUCCGUCGCCAUCGCCCGCCGCACACGCUACAUCAUGAAGAACCCUCACACACACCUCAACUACAGGAUCUGUCUGGCGGAGGUCUCUCAGGACAGCUGUCUGAUGGACACUCUAGACAGGCAGAAGCCCAGGAACCCUAAUGAUGCCAUGGAGUGUGCUAAUGCGUUUAGACAGCUGGUGGUGAUGCUGAGGCAGAAGUUCAGCUCUGCUGCAGUGACUCAAUCACACACCAUCCCCAACUCCAAACAAGCGCUGUUCUCAAGGUUUAAGGUGCUUAUCAUAGACCAGGGCAAAGAGAGGGUCCUUAGAGACAACCUCAACUGUGUUGAGGACAUCCACUCCCUGGUGUUGAACAACCUGAUCCAGAGCACUCUGGUCAUGUCCAACACCCAGAUGAAGAGCUGCAGAUCCUUCCAGACGUUCCACAUGUACAGCAGGUACGGUCAGGAGCUGCUGUGCCAGGCCUUCCUCUGCUGCAGGAAGAACGGCCUGGUGAACCGGCGCCGUAUCAACCAGCAGGGGGGGCCCAAGAAGAACCGUGCCCUGCCCAUCCUGCCCAUGUCCUACCAGCUGUCCCAGACCUACUACAGGUGUUUCGCCUGGCGUUUCCCUGCAACGCUGUGCAGCGAGGCCUUCCAGUUCCUGGAAGCCCUCAGAGAAAACAAGACAACUGACCACCAACCAAUGACAUCGUUCCACAACAAGACGGUGGACAGGGGGAGUGGUGAGAGACUGGAGGAAGAGGAGAGGAUGGAAGAGGAGAGAGACCAGGGAGGGACUGAGAGACAAUGCAAGGAGGAGGAGGAGGAGGAGGAGGAGGAGGAGAGGGGGGAUGAAAACACAGAGCCAGAAGCACCCAACGACUCGGAGACCUCCAGAGACGACCCUCCUCCCCAGCCCUCCCUGCCCCAGACGGAGCUGCCUGUCCUGGGCCAGGCACCUGCCACUGGCCCCCUGGAGUCCCUGGAGCCUCCGGAUGAAGAGGGCAUGCUGCAGUUCCCUGCGGGGGCAGCGGGGGGCGCCGUGCUGGCCUGCCUCAGCCUCAUGACCCUGGGCAUGCUCAGUGUGUCUGUGGGGAUUCCCAAACACAUCGUUGUGGUCGACUCCAGUCUGGUGGACACAGACUCAGUGAAGAGGAGCAUGGCAGCGCUGGAGCAGGAGGAGGAGGAGGAGGGGGGGGAGGGGGGAGGCAGACGUGGAGGUUCCCAGGCUGAGCAUGCUCAGUUGCGUCCCAGCUCUCACACUGGCCUGCUGCUGCUGCGGGGGUGCUGGCCGGCCGCUGGCAUCAACCUCCGGCAGCUCAGCAACAACGACAGUGUGGUGGUGGAGAGCUGCAGCGUGAAGCUGAAGCUACGCAGCCAGCCUGCACACACGCUGUUCACACCAGACUCCUCCCCACAAGGACCCUCUCUGCUGCCUCCCUUCCUCACCCGUCCUGUCCAGCUCCCCUCCUCCCCCCCCCUCUCCUCCCUCCCUGAGAGCUACACCCCCCAGGACCUGGCAGCCAAUCAAGAGCUGCUCAAGGCUCUGCAGGAGGCGGGGCCAUACGGAGUGGAGGGGCGGGACUUCCUGAUGGCGUUCGCACACCUGCAGGAACCCAGGGACGGACGCACACACACACUACAGCAGUACAUACAGGACCUGCAGGAGGCGGGGCAGAUGUUGCAGUUGGGCGGGGCUUCGAUGCGGCUGGUCCUACUGGCCCAUGCUGAACCCUGGCUACUGACCACCACCCAGAGAAGCCGGCCGGACCAGGACCAAGACCAGGCCCAGGACCAGGGAUCGCAGCUUGGGGAGAGAGGCAGGAAGAGGAGCCUGGAGGACAGAGAGGACCAGGGGCCACCUGGGAAGAAAGUGGCCAGGGAGGGAGAGGGGAAAGAGGGGAGAGACAUAGGGGAGGAUGGAGACAGGAUGGAGGGAGAGGGGACGGGAGGGAUGGAGAGAGAGGAAGACCAAGGAGGAGAGGAAGAGUUGGAGAGGAGAGAGGAAGGAGAGAGGGUUUGCAAAUCAUCAUGCUCUUCAACCUCCAGUCUGACCAAUCAGAGAGCUGCAGCAGAGGAUGAUGGCAGGGGUGUGUGUGAGGAGGUGAGGUAUGUGUCUCGACCCUGGAGGAUGGUGGAUGGGGGUCUGAACCGGCCCACCCUGAAGGGCAUGCUGGAGGCAGUGCUCUACCACAUCAUGACCCAGCCCGGCCUAUCACAGCGCAGCUUACUGGAGCACUACCGACACGUCCUCCAACCUGUGGUGGUGUUGGACCUGGUGCAGACCCUGGUGUCUCUGGGCUGUGUGAGGAGGAGGUUCCUGGCCAGCAGGCCCCGCCCCUCUCUGUUCUCCCGGCCGUGCCCUGGUGGGGGGGAGGGGGUGAGGAAGGAGGGGGGCUGGGGGGACGAGGAGGGAGAGUUCUAUGAGGCGUCGGUGGACGGUUGUCUACGUCUGGGCCAGCUGUUCCCCAGAGAGAGCAACUGGAACCAGUGUGCUACCUUAUCCCAGCUGGGCCUCAGGUAGACACGCUAUCGGCUGAGACCAACACAGGAGGAUUUCUUAUUGGCUGAGAGACGGACCCUGACCCAGGAAGGCUUCUGAUUGGCGGUGUUAUUCUUGAGUUAACUUAAUAUUUCUCAUUAUUUGUAAUGGUUCAGAUGUUUUUUAUAAGACAAGGAAGUCUUCAGAAAGAUGUUUUCAUCAUAUGUUGUCAAUGUUUACAGUGGUUAAAUAUUAAAGUUUGAACAAAAGAA